GCUUUCAGCGGGACGGUAGCUGCGGUCUCGGGCGCCUCACGUUGAAGGGUCGGCGCCCCCCCCCCCUUCUGCUGUCGAUCCGCGUGAGGGUGGCGGGCGCCCCCACUUCGGCAACUCGCUCCCUGUCCUCCCCUCCCCCCGCUCCGGCCUCUCUCCCGCCCGCCUUCCCCGGGUGUCUCCUGCUCCGGCCUCGUCUCCCGUCGCCCCCGCCAAUAGGCCCCCAGGCCCGCAGCGCCGGGGGGCUGGGGCUGCAGGGUCCUGCCUGCGACCCCCCCGCCUGCCCGGAAACCUGGCUGCUCCCCACCCGCGUCCCCCGGGCCUGCAGCGGGGCAGGGGGCUCCCUGGGCUCGGGCAUCAGCGGCUUCCUCACCCCAGCUCGGGGCUCGGCUGCGACCCAGAAAAUAAAUGAAUGCUAAUGGGACAGCCAUUUCCCUGAAGUUCAGGUUUUCAGGCUGGCUGCCAUGAUGGAUGAUCAGUCUUUGAAUUCAAUCGAGCAGCAAGCUUUGAAUUCAAUCAUGCAGGAUUUGGCUGUCCUUCAUAAGGCUAGUCGUCCUGCAUUGCCAGUACAAGAAACAGGAAAACCAAAAUCAUCUUCACCCAAAAAACAGAAUGAUGUUAGAGUCAAAUUCGAACACCGAGGUGAAAAAAGGAUUCUACAAUUUCCCAGGCCUGUGAAACUAGAAGAUCUUGCAUCUAAAGCUAAAGUUGCUUUUGGACAGCCUAUGGACUUGCAUUACAGCAAUAAUGAGCUGGUGAUUCCAUUAACCACACAGGAUGAUUUGGACAAAGCUGUUGAACUGCUAGAUCGUAGUGUUCACAUGAAGAGCCUCAAGAUAUUGCUUGUAAUACAUGGAAAUUCACAGGUUCCUGUCCUAAGCAACAUGGAACCAUUGCCAUCACUGGAAGAUUUGGAUAAUACAGUGUUUGGAGUGGCAGAGAGUAAAAACAGGCUGUCUGUAAUAGGUUCCAAUACACGUGAUAGAAGUUCACCUCCCCCGGGAUACAUUCCAGAUGAGCUGCACCAGGUGGUACGAAAUGGAUCAUUCACUAGUAUCAAUAGUGAAGGCGAGUUCAUUCCAGAAAGCAUGGAUCAAAUGCUGGAUCCAUUGUCCUUGAGCAGUCCUGAAAACUCCGGCUCAGGAAGCUGUCCCUCACUUGACAGUCCUUUAGAUGGAGAUAGCUACCCCAAAUCUCGGAUGCCACGAGCACAGAGCUAUCCAGAUAACCACGAGGAGUUUUCAGACUAUGAUAUCCCAAUAUUUGAGAAAUUUGGAAAAGGCGGGACUUAUCCCCGAAGGUAUCAUAUUUCAUAUCAUCACCAAGAUUACAAUGAUGGUCGUAAAACCUUUCCAAGGGCCAGAAGGACCCAGGGGAACAGCUUCCGGUCUCCAGUCAGUUUCAGCCCCACCGAUCACUCCCUGAGUACAAGCAGUGGGAGCAGCACCUUUACUCCAGAGUAUGAGGAGAACCGAAUGAGAAGAAGGGGAAGUGACAUAGACAAUCCUACCUUGUCAGUAAUGGACAUCAGUCCACCUAGCCGCUCACCACGAGCGCCAACUAACUGGAGACUUGGCAAGUUGCUGGGUCAGGGUGCUUUUGGCAAAGUAUAUCUCUGUUAUGACGCUGACACCGGAAGAGAAUUGGCUGUUAAACAAGUUCAAUUUGACCCUGACAGUCCAGAGACAAGCAAGGAGGUAAAUGCACUUGAAUGUGAGAUUCAGCUAUUGAAAAACCUACUGCAUGAAAGAAUUGUUCAGUAUUAUGGCUGCUUGAGGGAUCCCUCUGAAAGAACACUCUCUAUAUUCAUGGAAUACAUGCCAGGGGGUUCCAUUAAGGACCAGUUAAAAGCAUAUGGAGCACUCACAGAGAAUGUGACCCGAAAAUAUACACGGCAGAUUUUGGAGGGAGUUUACUAUUUGCACAGUAAUAUGAUUGUACAUAGAGAUAUUAAAGGAGCAAAUAUUCUGCGGGAUUCAGCAGGCAAUGUGAAACUAGGUGAUUUUGGUGCCAGCAAGCGACUUCAGACUAUUUGUCUCUCUGGCACGGGAAUGAAAUCUGUCAUGGGGACUCCAUAUUGGAUGAGUCCCGAAGUUAUCAGUGGAGAAGGGUAUGGGAGAAAAGCAGAUAUCUGGAGUGUAGGUUGUACGGUGGUGGAAAUGCUCACUGAGAAACCCCCUUGGGCAGAGUAUGAAGCAAUGGCUGCCAUCUUUAAAAUUGCCACCCAACCAACCAAUCCACAGCUGCCACCUCAUGUCUCGGACCAUAGUCGGGAUUUCCUCAAGCGGAUUUUUAUCGAGGCCAAGUUGCGACCAUCUGCAGAUGAACUGCUAAGACACACAUUUGCACAUUAUCACUAACAGCCUGCCUCAACUCAGCUUGCAUCUACUGCAUUUAUUUUCUAUUUGACUGCACUUUUAUUUUUAUUUUUUACAAAAAAAGGAGAAAAAAGACAAGAGAGAAAACGUAUUUCUCUUGAUUCGUUGUUUCACUUAGAUUAUAAACAAGAAUCUAAAUUUUUGUAUUUAGAAUGAGGGUCUCUUCUCCUCUCUCUCACCCCCCAACAGGGCCUAGAACCUUUUGUUUCUGUAAUGUACUGAUGUGGUUCACAAAGAUAAAGCACUUUAGUACAUAGUCAUUCCUUAACUAAAGGGAAAACAGACAUAUGACUUGGACUGUCAAGAACGGUAACUUUUUCUAACACCGCUGACUGUCUCAGGAUGCAGGGAAAAAUACAUAAGCAGCUAGUAUGCAGGGAGAAGAAAAUUAUCAUCUGUGAUUUGUUCUUUGUACUGUAGGUAGUUGCUGCUGAGGGUUUUAAGUUAUAUUUUAGCUUGUUAAUCAGUUUCUGAAUAUCACACUUGAGGCAUGAACCCACAGUUCUGGAAAUUAAUUAGAAAGCCCAAAGAACUUAGAACCCUCAGUAGAGACUGCUCUGCAUAAUAGAGCACCUGUCUGACACUUCCUUUGUGACCAAAAGAAAAUAAGGCAGGAACAUAACUCUAAAUCAGUAGUUAGUGGGAGCUGUUUUAAAGUUAUUUUAUUACCUUCAUCGAACAAGAAUUACAGGUAAAUCAAAGAUUAUAGAUCCAAACUCCUAGAAACUGCAAAGCUCAGGGGGGUAGUCUCCAUAAUGAAGAAGCAAAAAAUAACCCAAAAGAUCAACAGAUAAAUAGAAAUAAUACCCCCUGCAGCUGCCAAAGAUAUGCCUACCAUAUAAGUUAAAGGGGUAGGGGGAUCACUUUCCUUAGGUGAUGGUAAGACACAAAACGGUGUGAGAUAAAGUCCUUCACCAUCCAGUGAUUGGCAAAGACAAAACUUAAUCCUUAUCUACUGUAUGCAUCAUCUGACUAUCAAAAUGAACUGCAAGGAAUAAGAGAUUCAGAACAAUUGUCAGAGACUGAGAGAGAAUGUAUUUUGAAGGUCAUGCACCUGAAUAUAAUAAUCCUUCUCAAAUUGUUUUAAAUGCGAUUGUUUUAAUAACACAAUCCAGUUACUAGGAUGUUUGAAAAAGUCCCUGAAAUAAAAUGAAUUCUAAUUC